AUGUGGAAGCCCAAGCGCAGGGCCUCGAGCUCUUCUGAUGUACACAAAAAGAACCCCAAGUUGCCUGCAUGGAAAGCUCGUCUCAAACAGCUGCUAUCCUUGACUUCUCAUCAGCGACGUAUACUCGCGCUUGUUGCUUUUCUCUGCAUCUUAAACUACCUCUAUGUAUUGCUCUUUUCUUCACCGUCACGCUUUGUCAUCAUCUUGGCGUCCAAUACAGGCGGCGGCGUUAUUGACUGGAAGACACCGCAGCAAUGGGCAGUAGAACGGACAUCACUCAAGAACAAAAAGGCCUACGUACGUCGUCAUGGGUACGGUCUCGCAGUCAAGGACAUGCCAAUGCAGCGCAAAUAUGCACAUGAAUGGCGCGAGUCCUGGGAGAAGGUCGAUACCAUUCGUGAAGUCAUGCGAGAGUAUCCACACGCUGAAUGGUUUUGGUGGCUCGAUCUAUCAACCUAUAUCAUGGAACCCCAUGUCACGCUCGAAUCGCAUCUUUUCAAUGACCUUGAAGGCAACGUUUCUCGCAACUUGAGCAAUUCCUUCAAUCCACUCGGUAUUCCGGAUGACCUGCCCUUCGUUGAUAGCAAGCACGAAAUCAACUUGAUCGUUCCACAAGACUGCGGCGGUUUCAACCUUGGCAGCUUCUUCAUUCGGCGUGGUACAUGGACAGACAGACUACUUGAUACGUGGUGGGAUCCUGUGCACUACGAACAGAGACACAUGGUUUGGGAGCACAAAGAGCAAGAUGCACUCGAGGCAUUGUAUCGCAAUCACGCUUGGAUACGAUCAGGUACAGCAUUUGUUGGUAAUCGCAAGAUCAACGCCUUCCCGCCUGGAGCCUGUGCAGAGGUCUCAAACGACAGACAGUUCUUUUAUGGCGACCGUGACUUUUGCGUCAAUAUGGCUGGAUGUCAGCAUGGACGUAAUUGCUUUGAUGAGAUGACUUACUACAAGCAGCUGAGCGACCUUCUAAAUCGCAAGCGCUUCUUCUUUUUCUAG